UCCUUCUAUUCAUUUAAGAAGCAAGGAAAAUAUAUUCAAAACAGGUAGUGUUUAGGACCCAGGAGAAAACUUCUACUCUUGGGCUACAGAACCCGAUGCUAGAGACGAGGCUAAGGAAUUCGUGACGUUUGAGGGGGCGGGGCUUUUGAAAGGAGGCGGACUUGCUUUUGCCUCUAGUAAAAUGGCCGCGCGUUUCUUUCCGAAAGGAAAGAGAAAAAAACCCGAACAUAAACUUCCGGUAUUCAGUCGACUCGAUUCUAUACAUGGCUGCCUGCUAUGGAAAAAGGCGGUUCUACGUGGAAAAACAAGAAAAGGAAACCAGUUAAGAAAGUGACAGCGAAUUUUUUUUCCUAGCUGGGAACAUGGUGGAAAAGAAAGGCUCAGCGCGGUCCCAGGACCCCAGCCAAAGGCGCAUCUUGGACCGGGCCACCCGCCAACGCCGCCUCAAUCGCCAGUUGGAAGCGCUAGAAAAUGACAACUUUCAAGAUGACCCUCAUGCUAACAUGCCCCAACUGGUGAAGCGACUGCCUCAGUUUGACGACGAUGCUGAGACGGGUAAAAAGAAGAAGAAAACCCGAGGGGACCAUUUCAAGCUGCGUUUCCGGAAGAACUUCCAAGCUUUGCUGGAGGAGCAGAACCUGAAUGUGAGCGAAGGACCCAACUAUCUGACAGCGUGUGCCCCCCCUUCCAACCUCCCUCAGCGCCAUUUUUGCACCGUCUGUGGCUUCCCAUCGAACUACACCUGUGUUUCCUGCGGGGCUCGCUACUGCUGUGUCAAAUGUUUGGGGACCCACCAGGAAACUCGAUGCCUGAAGUGGACAGUUUGAGAAUUUAUUCUGAAGGUCUAUAGGAAUUAUAUGUGGAAGACGAAACCUACCGCUCACUUGGGCAUGUCUUGGACUCAGAAGACUGGAAUGUCAGGUUCUCAAAACCAGAAAGAACUCUUGUGGCUGAUAGACAUUUUUAUCAUUUGAGUAAUAAAUUACUUUUCUGAAUUAA